AUGGCAACCGGGGCUGCUAGAAGCCACCGGCGGCGCGCCGCGGUCCCGGACCCGUUCGCGGAGCUCCAAUGCUACGACGAGCAGCAGAUGGACCGGUUCUACCAGCAAUGCGCGCGCAUGACGCGCCGCCGCCGCUCCUCCGCCCCGCCGGCCGUAGCCCAGAGGAUGGUCGUCCAGAUCCGCUUCGGCGAGGACGGCUGCCCGGAGUUCUCCGACGGCAACGGCGUCAUCAUCAGCAGCACCAGCCACGACGACGAUAUCGACGUCGGCGUUUCGGCAGACGGCGACGGAGCGUACAGGGGCGGUGGCUUCGGCGCCGUCCCGGCCUCGGGCUUGGAGAUCGCCAAAUUGGCGGAGGCGGACGUAGGGGAGCACGAGGAGGAAGAGGAGUGCGCGGUGUGCCUCGAGGGAUUGGCGACGGCGGGGGAGGGCGAAGAGAAGGUGGUCAUCAGGAAGAUGCCGUGCCCCGACGCGCACCGGUUCCACGAGCGCUGCAUCUUCCGGUGGCUCAUGGUCAGCCGCCUCUGCCCGCUCUGCCGCUUCGCGCUGCCGCCGGCCGAGGACGAGGAAGAAGAGUAA